AUGGAUCCAGGAAAGCCCGUCGACUUGCCCGAGCGGCCUAAGGAGGCCGCCGCGCCUCAGGAAGGCCCCUCCAAGAAGGCCCUGAAGAAGGCGGCCAAGUUGGCAGAGAAGGCCGAAAGAAAGGCUUCCCCCAAGCCUGCGAAGGAGAAGCAGCCCAAGCCUGCGAAGCCCGCCAAAGAGCCCGUUGCUCCCAACGAUCCAGAAGCGAUGUUUAAGUCCGGCUUCCUGAGCGAAGUCUACAACCUCCGACCGAUCUCCGAAACCCACCCGAAGAUUCGCACGCGUUUCCCGCCUGAACCCAACGGUUUUCUUCACAUCGGACACAGCAAGGCCAUUGCAAUCAACUUCGGUUUUGCGAAAUACCACGGCGGAGAGUGUAUUCUCCGAUUCGACGAUACCAACCCCGAGGGCGAGGAGCAGGUUUAUUACGACGCUAUUCGCGAUAUCGUUAAAUGGCUCGGUUUCGAGCCUGUGCGGGAAACGCAUGCUUCGGAUAUUUUCGACAAGCUCUAUGCUCUCUCCGAGGAGCUGAUCAAGAAAGACGGAGCUUAUGUCUGCCACUGCACCCAGGAUGAGGUCAAGGCUCAGCGUGGUCAGACCGAAGGUGGUCAGCGGGGCGGUCAGCGCUAUGCUUGCAAGCACCGCACUCGGCCAAUUGAGGAGUCCCUGACUGAGUUCCGUGCUAUGCGCGAUGGAAAAUAUAAGGCCGGAGAGGCAGCUCUCCGGAUGAAACAGGACCUGGAAUCUGAUAACCCCCAGAUGUGGGACCUCUUCGCGUGGCGUAUUCCGGAGAGCGGCAAGAAGCAUCUCCGUGCUCCCUCCUACUGCAUGUUCCCAACAUAUGACAUGGCCCACGGUCUGACUGAUAGCCACGAGGGCAUCACUCAUUCCCUGUGUACCCAGGAAUUCGAAAUGAGCCGUGUCUCCUACGAAUGGCUUAACGACAAACUCGAUGUUUACCGUCCUAUGCAGCGCGAGUACGGCCGUCUUAACAUUACCGGCACCGUUCUCUCUAAACGUAAGAUUAUUAAGCUGGUCAAGGAAGGCCAUGUCCGCGAUUGGGACGAUCCUCGUCUGUAUACUCUUAUUGCUCUGCGCCGACGUGGUGUUCCCCCAGGCGCCAUCCUCAACUUCGUCAACGAACUCGGCGUUACCAAGAAUGUUUCCAACGUCCAGAUGCACCGAUUCGACCAGUCAGUGCGUCAGUUCCUUGAGACAACCGUUCCACGCCUCAUGGUUGUCCUGGAGCCGCUGAAGGUCGUCAUCGACGACAUUGCCGAUGACCACGUGGAGAUGUGCGAGGUGCCUUUUGGCAAGGACCCGUCUUUCGGCACCCACACUGUCCCCUUCACAAAGACUGUCUACAUUGAGCGUUCCGACUUCCGCGAGGUCGACUCCGCCGACUACUUCCGCCUGGCUCCCGGCAAAACCGUCGGUCUGCUCAAGGUCCCCUAUCCCAUCACCGCUACCACCUUCGAAAAGGAUGCUGUCGGGAAUGUGACAGUCGUGCACGCCAAGUACGAGAAGCCCGCCGAGGGCGAAACUGCUAAGAAGCCCAAGAGCUUCAUCCACUGGGUCGGAGAAUCCCCCGCGCACAACAGCCCUACGCGCGCUGAGGUCCGCGCUUUCAACCCGCUCUUCAAGUCCGAUGACCCCUCUGCGCACCCCGAGGGCUUCCUUGCCGAUAUCAACCCCAACUCCGAGAACAUCUAUGCCGAUGCUAUGAUUGAGACCGGCUUCUGGGAGAUUUCCAAGUCUGCCCCUUGGCCCAAGUCCGCGGCCGAGGACGAUGUGGAGAAAAACAAGCACUCCAUCCGAUUCCAGGGUAUGCGCACCGCGUACUAUGCUGUUGAUAAGGAGUCGACGUCCGAGAAGGUGGUUCUCAACCAGAUCGUCACACUCAAGGAUACCCAGGGCAAGAACUAA